GAUUGUUGAUUGGUGUUAGUGGACUGUUUGUGUCUUGGAGGGGGGGAUGCUGUGUCCACAGUGGCAAUAACAAAAGCAAUAAAUAAUGUGAAUGUUUCAUUGUGAUUACUUCAUCACAGAAAAUGAUGAUCACAUAGCCAGUUAUGUAGAAAUCUUCGUAGUGCAAAUUUGUGUGUGCGCCAUGUUUCAAGAAAUAACACAAAAUAAAUUAAGCCUGUCAGUGCCAACGCAAGAAAUGAGAACGAAAAGAAGAUUGUUGCUUAUACUUAUUAUUAUAGUAGUGAUCAUAUGGUUUGCAAGCUUAAGACAUAGAGGUACAAUAGGUCUGUCUGAAACAUUAUCUCCAGAAUUAGAAAUAGCAGCUCUUAAACAGAAUUUAGCAAAACUGUCUUCAGAAUGCAGAAGUUUAAAAUCUUCAAGAUUUAACCCCCAUUUGCCAGUGGUCUAUGCAAUCACGCCAACAUACGCAAGGCCAGUUCAGAAAGCAGAAUUAACACGUUUGUCACACACACUGAUGCUUGUUCCCAACUUGCACUGGAUUGUUAUUGAAGAUGCGGAAAGUCCAUCAUCCUUGGUAGGAAAACUCCUAAAGAAUUCUGGCAUUGCAUAUACACAUCUGACUGCAGCCACUCCUAAACAAUGGAAACUCAGAGAAAAGGAAUCCAACUGGAAGAAACCACGUGGAGUUUUGCAGCGCAACACUGCAUUACAGUGGAUCCGAAACAAUCUGAAAGCUGAUGUAGCUCAAGGAGUCAUAUAUUUUGCAGAUGAUGACAACUCAUAUGGCUUAGAAGUAUUUGAAGAGAUGAGAGACACACAAAUGGUGAGCGUAUGGCCUGUAGGACUUGCUGGUGGGCUUAUGGUGGAGAUGCCUGUGUUGGACCCCAAAACAGGUCAUGUUACAGGAUGGAACAGUGCUUGGCGACCAGAACGACCAUUCCCUGUAGACAUGGCUGGCUUUGCAAUAAAUUUAUCUCAUUUUCUGAAACAUCCAGAAGCCAAAUUUUCCUUUAAUGUGGAAAGUGGUUAUCAAGAAUCGGAGAUUCUACGACAUUUGGUAACUCAAGAACAACUUGAACCCAAAGCCGACAACUGCACCAGAGUAUAUGUGUGGCAUACAAGAACUGAAGCUCCCAAGCUCCAAUCUGAAAAACAACUGAACAAGAAGGGCUUGAAAUCAAAUGCGGGAAUAGAGGUGUAACAUGGAUAGAUCUCAUCAUACAGAUCUGCUUGUAUUGCUCAAAUGUCUGACUCAGCUAAGUAACAUUCCAGUUGAAGAAAUGUAAUGGGUCCUGCCAUGAUGAAAUGUUUGUUGUCAGACUUCAUCAUCCAAUGGGUUGGAACAAGUCACUUCAACUAUGAUUCAUUCCAUGAUCAAAGUUGUGCUCAUUUCUCUGAUGCAUAUUUUUUUAUCAGUAUUGCUGAUGGUAAGGAAGAUUCAAUCUUAAAACUUUUACUUUGCAGUGGUAUCUAGGGGAGUUGGGAGGGUCGAAAGGUUUGAAGCACAGCCUCCUAUAGAAGUAUCAGUAGUUUGAUUUACUAAAGUGCCAAUACAAUUCCUUGUUGGGUAUAUCCACCUUCAUAAGGAAAGCUCCUUUGUCACAUCAGUUUUUAUUGACUUCCACCUUUUAUAAACAUGGCAGCACUUAUGCUUUUGUGUCAUUUGUCCAGGCGCAUUUAGAGUGGAAUGUUUGGUGUGUUAUUUUGAAAACAUUAUUUCCACUGUAUCAAAACACUUUGUUUUUGAAGGCAGUAUUACCCUCCCAUUAACAUCUGUUUUAAUGGGUGACUUAACAUUUCAAAGUGAAAUCUCAUUUAAGGGACAAAAUAAAACAUAAUUUUUAUUAGAAUUUAUAAUUUAUAUGCUACAGUAUGAGUUGUGAUUAUUUAUUCCUGUUAGUUAUUAGCUGUCUCAUGUGCAACUUACAUUUUUAAAACCUCGGAAAGCUUUAAACAUUAAAAGCACUUCUACAUCAUGGGUGUGUGCGAAUUACAUAUUUCAGUCAACAGUGAUCUUCUUCAAGUGUCUUAAAAAUUGCUGAUGGACUGCUGUGCUUCUGUCUGUAAGUUCAAUGUUUGGGGUACUCCCUCAUCUACGUGCCCAUAUGUCCUAUAGUGAUGGGUAUUGUCAUAUAUAGGGCAUACCCCAAAAAUUGAACAUAUGGACAGAACACAGCAGUUUCAUCAGAAAUUUUCAGACACCAGUAAUGUGUAAGUUAUUUUAAAAUUUAAAGCUUUUAAAGAAUUUAAAAAAGAAAGUUCAUGAGAGAUGGCUAAUAACUAACAGGAAUAAAUACGCGAUGUGCAAGAGGACAGUACGAUACAAUAUUAUUGAGCUGUGAUGUUUACUUCAAGAUUCAUGGCAUUAUAAUGCAAUUAUUAAUCUUUGAAAUUUGUGCUUCUCUUAAGUGAUGAAAAAGGUCAAGAGAUUAGUACCUUCAGGUGAACAGUCGCUAUCAUAUUCUUGUUUGAGACCCAGCAACUGUUUUAGACCUAGCAUUUAAUGAGACAUUUAUGGUUCAUAAUAUUGUAUUAGGUAAGAAACUUAAUAGCAGGUACCUAAAAAAAAAAGCCCUCAUAGAUACUGAUUACAUGUUUUGGUCACCCCUGUACUACCUUUAAUGAACAGAUAAAUGAGAAAUCUUGUGCUCUCAUGCUGUCAGUUUUGUCUCUAUUGACCCAUUCUGAUCAAAUUUACAUACUGCAACAAAACACAAAUGGAUAAAAGCAGAGAUAAACAGAGAAGUUACAGUUUUCCUGCUUCCAAGGAUUUCAUUUAUUAUGAGCCCCAAAUUUGGGGCACAUGUAUAAUUGAAAAAAACAAUUAGAUAAUGUACACUAUUUUCAGUAUAUAAUGUCAAGAGUCUAGAAUUUAAAAUUUUUCAAAAGCUCUCUUCAAUUUCUGAAAUUUUUAUUUGGUGGUGUAUUUUGUAAUUUUGAGGCUACUUUCACUUGGUCAUCUUAGAGUCAUUUAAAAAGAGCAUUAAAAUCACUUGUAAGAGAUAAUAGCUGGCUUUUCCAAUGUAUUAUUUUAUCAAUAGAGACAAAAAGCACAGCUAACAUACCACACCCUUGUUUAAAUCAUAAAUGAAUUAAUAUGUACUUUACUUGCUAUGUAGAUUCUUAUCUUUCGAAUGUACCAUAUUAUGUCUUCUUUUAAUCUGUAAAAUACCUUGAAAUACUCAAUAAAAUAUGUUUUUAUUCAUAUUACGUCGUGGUGACAGGGGGCGUGGAGGUAACCCUCCUUGCCACCACUUAUUAUUAUUCUUCUGCGACAGGGGUGGAUUGGUUGUCUCACCGCUGUCACUAUCUUGUUAGGUCUUAGGGAGGGUCUCAGGUAAAUUUACAAUCACUGACGUAUCGGCCGCCUUGGCUUGAGUUUGCAAUUCUCCUGGAGGAUUCGGAGGGAGGCUGGAGUCGGCAGGGAAGACGAUAACACUCGAGGGACUACUAGGUUCAAUUAACAUCACAGCGCAUUUCUAUCCUACUCUAUUCACCUGUGUCGCUAUAUACAUAAUAUAUACACACUUUGCCGAUGUUUGUCGGUUCGCAUUACAUUUGGGUUAUUAUCCUGUAGCACACACAUCACUCCUGCUCCUCUGUCACCCUGCUGUUGGGUACCCAAUACCUCUCUCUAUCUCUCUCAGUAAACCUAGUCCAUCUAGUCUUCACUUUCUCUCCCUGGGGUUUGCACUUUAAUAUUAUCACACUUAAUGUUCAUGGCUUAUAUGAGGUAAGUUCACUUACUUGAGCUGAGGAAACAGGCCGCCAUCACUACACACCAACCACUACUCCUCGCCAUCACUUUCUUGGCGAUAGCUUACAGCUGACUCUCUGACAAUCAAUAAUAUUAAAAAAGUUUUUUGAUUGAUUCUUCUCGAGUUUAUGUACCCUCUUUUUGCUGACUCGCUGGGUUCCGGGGGUAUUGGGUCGGUGUGGCCCACUCAUUGGCUGUUUAUCGAAAGGGGGUUGACUCUUUCAGGUCUACCGCCCUAUCCAACUCAGCGUUUUCCUCUUGCCAUAGUUCUUUUAUGACCCACUUCAUAUAGCUUCUUCCUCAAUGUCAGCUUUAUUACGCUGUCGUGCUAACAUUCUGAUUACAAAGCGAUUGCCUCACCACUGGCGUUAUACUUCUGUGCAAACUCCUGCUUCCUGGUACAUUUCAUUAUUUCUAUUUCUUAAUCUUAAAGUCUAGAUACACUUAUUCCAAAUUUACCCCCAAAAAAACAUAUCUACUUGUACAUAACCCUUGGGUCAUAACAAUUCAUUUCUGUGUGUUAAUCUGAUAAUAAUAAGUACACCUAGCCUGAUCCUUGUAUGAAUUCCAAUUGCUCUUCUAAUGUUAAAUUUUUGGAUAUUUUGUUAGCACUGUAUAUUAUUUUGUGAGAUUAUUGUAAAAUAUUUUACAGUAAUGUGAGGUGCAUAACAUAAUGUAACGUGGACAGUGUUGCGCAAUGAUGGAAGGAGUGGAAUAUGUGACAUCACUCGCGGAAACACAGAGUUCACGUGACCCCUACUUCCUGUUGCGCUGUCCAUGUUACAUUAUGGCACAAUGCCCAUAGGAGAAAACCCCAGGAAAUGGCAAUUGUGGCUGUCAAUGCACUUCAUAAAGAUUAUAAAUGUGAUACACACACUACCAAUACACUUGCCUAGGGACCACUGGCCAUUGCCCUACAGCUGUAGUAUUCAUGAGUUGGACAUAUCUCAACUCGUGAUUUGAAGAGACAGACCUUCAAAAUGUCAUAUUUAUUCAGAUCUGGCAUGCAAGGGGUCAACUUGUGCCUCCAACAUCAUUCCUGCAAGCAUGUUGCACGGGGUUUGCUUUUAGUGUGUGCGCUUGUGUGUAUAUAAUCACUUUCCUGUUUCCUACUACAGACCUAAUAAAAAUACAUUCAAAAGA